AUGGUGCUGCUGGAUCACACAAUGAAUUGGGUUACUGUUGUGGGCGAGGUGGGUUUCCAUGCUCAGCAAUUGCGCACGGUCCCUUACGUAACCGUCAGCUGGGGAUUCCCUGGAGGGGGUCACUUUAUUCAACCAUUACACGGACCCCGGCCGCCGCCGCUCCGCCGCGCCCGGGGCCGCCGCCGGCUGAGGCUGCGGCUCCGGCUGCAGGCAGCGCGGCGGCGGCUCCUCACAAAAUGGCGGCGCCCAUGGAAGCGGCAGCAGCCCCAUUUUGUGCCCGGCAGAGCCUGUCAACAAAACGCCGACUUGGCCAAGGCUGAGGAACAGAAGGCGGCGGCUUCGUUCGCGUUACGGCGCGGAGGGAGGAGAGCGGAGGAUUUCACCGCCCUCCCGCCGCCGAGAGGAGACUUUUCUACACAUGCGUGCCUUAUGAAUAAACCGGCUAUUAGGCUGAUGCUUCAAGUAACACUAUCCAGCACCAAGUCACUACUGAUACCUGCUAACCACACAGCAGGUGCUGGUACCAGCCAUCAUGUACGUGAUAGUGAACAGGGCUGUUGGGAAGCUGCCUGCACCAGACAUUUUGUUGGCUGUCGUGAGAUAACAAGGGACUGUCUUGGCCCAGCAAAAGUGGGAGGGAAACUUAGACCAAACAAGAAGAAACGGCUGGAGAGGAUCUGCUCUGGAUUCCACUGAUGUGGUAACAGCUGUUAUUACAGUAUCUGGCUUUUUGAAUUAAAUAUUGAUAGAAAUAAAUGAAUAAAAGAUUGAGUAAACUGGAAUGUGUGUUCUGCCUUCCUAAGGCUUUCCUUCAGCAUCCAGAGGCCCAGAAUCAACACCCUUUUAUACAAUUAAUAGUAUUAAAUACCGACAUCAGCUGACAGGAAAUAAGAAAGUUCCUAUGGCAACUAAAAAUAGGCACAGGAGGAAAAAUGCAUCAAAUGCUGUCAGCAGACAGCAUAAAAGGUGAAUGUAUGUAGAUAACAGAACAAAAGGAUACACAGAAAUCUGACUUGUAAACACACACAUCUUGAUAGCUGUUACUGUUAGGUUUUGGUUGUCUCUUUCCCCUCAAGCAGGAAUGCUCUGCCUGGGUUAGGGUAUCUGCUUAUCAGUAUCUCCAACUAUCAUGCAGGGAAAAGCUCCUGGUUUAUGGCCUGUGAAACACCGGGACAAGAACCCUGUCUCCAGGAGUGCCAGAGUGUCCCCGCAUGCUUUUCAGAAAACCUUUGAGUGCUUCAAGUCUCCUGGACAUCUGCCACUUUCUCUCAAGGCUACACUUUGGUCAAGAUGUUUGAGA